AUGAAGGGAAAAAUUCAAACAACCAUCUCGGAGGCUCGCGGUGAGCGCAAGGGCAAAAAUAUACAACGUUCGACGACUAUGCGGGCGCCUAACGAUUUGAUCGACUGCACAAACUUCGUCAUAGACUUUGCUGGCCGAAAAUCCAUCAACGUCGGACUCGACGCCUCGGACGUUUUCAACGUGUGCUUACAGAUUAUAACGCCAUCGCGUCAUGUGUGUAUAACGAGUGUUUUCUUAAAACGAAUUUUCGCGCUCAUGCCGUACAUACUGUCGAAUAUAUCCGGCACACCGGUCAUGAGCCGAGAGAGACUUUUCCUCAAAGACGAGUAUAACACGCUGUCCCGGAGUACUUAUCGCRGUGAAAGCAUGCUCGUCGUCGAAUCACACCUACAGCAGGGAUGUCGCGUGAUGCUUAGCGGGCGCGAUCUAUUAAGAAUUCACGACAUGCAAUGGGCCAUCGGUGAAUCGAUCUCGCGUAAAUCCAACGCCGAACGAUGUGCUGUUAUGGUGCAAGUCGAUCAGCUGGCCACGUAUUUGAGUACUAAUAUUUAUGUSGACAAAUCGUCGACCGUAGAAGAAAUUUCCACAGCGACCGAGAAUAUUCACCACGACCUCCAUGCGAUGAAUAUAUUUCCGAACAGCGAGAACAGUUUCAUAAACCAGAUCAAAUUGUAUGCUAACAAACAGGACAUUGAAGAGCUUUUAGGAUUCCACGAGAACGAAGGGCCCGCCAUGUACACAUAUUGA